CUCCAAGCCAGAGCAGUAAAGGUGAUAGCACACACACACACACACAUUUCUACAAGUCAGCAACAGAGGGGAGAGGCUUCAUCAUUUUCAUCUACACCAUGAGAGAGCCGCACGAGCACAGCGGGAGCCAUGACUGAACACACACCUGUGUGUGAGAGGGCCUGAUGGACAAGCGUCUCUGAGAUCCCUUGACAGAAUACCUUGAGCAGCCAUGGCUAAAGGUGCACGUGGGAAGAAGGUGACCCUGAAGAUGGCCCGCUCUCGGCUGCAGGUGACCGCUGACGGCCGGCGCUGCCUGAACCUCAGCAACCUUGGCCUGAGCUCCUUCCCCCCGUGCGUGUUCCAGCUGGCGCCACUGGACGAGCUGGACCUCAGCCGCAACCAGCUGAGGUCACUUCCUGUCUCCCUGUCCGUGCUGUCGGGCCUCGUGACGCUCGACCUGCACACCAAUCAGCUCGAGGCGCUGUCCGAGGACCUGGGGUCAUUGGUCGCCCUCGAGAGCCUGAACGUGGCCAACAACCAGCUGGACGAGAGUGGACUGCCCGCUUCGCUGGGCACUCUGCCCGCCCUCCGCAGCCUCAACCUGGGCCUGAACCGCCUGCGGGACCUGCCCCCUGCGCUGGCCAACCUCGCCAGCCUGCGUCACCUGGCGCUCUUCGACAACCUGCUGGAGCGUGUGCCCGAGUGUGUGAGCACGCUGCAGACGCAGCUGGACACGCUCAACCUGCAGAGGAAUCCGCUGACCGCGCAAACGCAAACGCAAAUGCACGGCGCAAUAGCGCCCUCUGGUGCAGCGGAGGGGGAGGGCGUGUAUCUGGUGAGGGGGGAGUGGCUUUGCCCGCCCUGCUUCCAUUGGCUGGAGGGAGGGACGGAGGCGGGGCCAGCGUACAAGGAGGGGCGGUUCUCGGGAAUGACCACGCCCAAUUCUGUGGCCAUAGUGAUGCAGCACGUGUGGAGAAACGCUGAGAACGCACCACGCAUCGCCAUAUGCAGAUAACACACACCCACCCACACACACACACACACACACACACACACACGUGUAGAACGCACCACGCAUCGCCUUAUGCAGACAACACACACACACACACACACGUGGAGAACGCGCCACACAUCGCCUUAACACUAAGGCUGGUCUCUUUGUAAGGCUAAUACAGAACAACUUUCAUAUGGAUUUUAUAUUUGAUUUUCUAAAAUAAAUGAAUAGAUGAAUAAAGAAUACACUUCACUGAA